CGAUGAGAAAAUAUUCAAACUAAGACUGGGGUUUUCACAGUUUGACGGGUCUUAUAUUGGGUGAUCGAUCUCUUUUAGCAUAGCAAAAUUAAUUAGUCAAAAUGCUAUGGAAAGUGGCCAAUGCAAAUUUGCUUUAAAAUAGUCUCCAUAGAAACGGAUUAGCAGUGUUGUCGAAAGUUGAAUUGCAGUAUGUGUAUUUUGUUUGGAAUUUACUCUGAUUAUUUUGGCAAACAUGAGUAAAACUAAAGUGUGUGUUUCUAAAGUGAGUUAGGUUGUGUAUUUAUUGAGUAUUUCGGCUGUAAUCGGGACACGUGCGCGAUGGGGCAUGUAAACACCUGCAAGUUGUGGGAACAAUAAUUCGUACUGGCGGUCUCAAAUACCGACCUGACCGCUCACUUCCUUUACCUUACUUGAUUAGUGGUUAAUUGAAACAGCUGAGGGCAGAGAUUUCAUUUAAAAUGCGGUACGUUUGCUAAACUGUGAAUGUAAAUAACUCGAGCUUUCAUUAGCUUUUCCUUGCUUUUCCUUGGUCGUCAAGUCCGGAGCGGCUCAUGUAAAGCAGCUUUAUCUUUCGUCAAGUACUUGAUGCUGAUUGGCUUACGGUUGAACGACUCGCGCACUGUCAAUCAAUACACUGCAUGGCAAUGAGCUGAAAAAUAACGAUUCUCGCCAUGGCUAGACAGUUUAGCGAUUGAACGAAUAUUAGUACUGUCAAAGUUCAAAAUACUUUUAAUCACUACUUGAUCGGUGAACGGAGCGUGCUCGUAAGCGCUCCAAGGUCCGGUGGCGGUAUAAUAUAUGGCUUCAGGGAAUUUAACAACGUUGGAAACCGUGAUCGCAACGAAUUAUAAUAGACGUUCGCCACCGGCUUCUAACAUGCCUGAUCCUGGCCGUUUAAAAUGUCCUCUAAAUGCAGCUUUGGAUAGUGUCAUGUCUGUCAACUAUAACAUGAAUGGAUCGCAACCGGUCAAUGUUAAAAUGUUGUUAAAUACAGAUGUUAUCAAAGAAGAGCCGUUGGAUUGUACAGACUUGAGUCGAACAACACAGUGUGAUGUAGUCACAAGUACACCGGGCUUAAUGGCGGAUCCUGGUCGUAUUACAGCCCCUAUGAAUAUUUUGGACAUCUCAAGUGGUGUUGUUAAUAGAAAUGGCCCCGUCAAUAUGGCGUCUAACCAUGACCUGAACCCUGAAGAUGAAAUUUCUACGAACAAUGAAAUGAAAAAUUCUACCAAGAUGGCGUCGUCUGAUCGCGAUCCAGACCGCGUGAAGAGGCCUAUGAAUGCUUUCAUGGUUUGGUCCCGAGAGAAACGACGUGUUAUGGCACAAGAGAAUCCCAAGAUGCAUAAUUCGGAAAUCUCUAAGAGACUUGGAGAUAAGUGGAAAAAAUUAAGUACAAGUGAUAAACAACCGUACAUUGAGGAGGCUAAACGAUUGCGUGCCCAGCAUAUGAAAGAUUUUCCCGACUACAAAUAUCGUCCACGAAGAAAGACCAAGACUUUAUUGAAGAAAGAGAAAUAUAACAUUUCUUUACUUGGAGAUUGUGAUGGUGGCCCACCAGUACAGAGAAAUAUUGCACAUGUUAGUGAUUAUUAUUCCUAUCCUAAUCUUGGCUACCCUCCACAGGAUUUAUUUAAUACAAUGUAUAAUACAGGACAUGGGUAUAACACAGGGUUAUCCAACGAACCAUUCCAAGGAGCGACAACCUCGGUGAACUCGUACUACCCGGCUUCUGUGUAUACCAUUCAAGCUGGUCAGAUAUACAGUUAUAAUUCUGAACAUCAGAAUCCGACGAACGGCCAUGAUGUUCAGGCAAUCCCACCACCAACGAGUUAUCCUCAGGAAACUAUAAUGUUGACAAAUGGUGGAAUUCAGAUAAAAAAGGAGUUAGACGACGACCACCAAAGACGAAGCUAUCCUGGAGACUUACAUGAAAUGAUCAAUGUAUAUCUACCUGCAGACGCCAAUGCAAAUCAUCGAACAAGAACUAACCAUGUAGAACACUUUCAGAACAACCAAGACUCGUAUAACACGAACCAUAUUGUAGACGGUAGUACUAUAAAUCCUAGUGUUAUUAGACCUAAUCCAAGAUCCAGUGCAGCCACUAUGCCUUUGACACAUUUGUGAGUUUAUAUAUAACAUGUAAUUAUUUUAAUAGCAUUCGAAACCCCACUGCUAGCUCUUGGCUAUAAAUUUACACUCAAACGACAAUAAAUUCAAGUUUCGCUGUUAAAUAUUGUUCACAUUUAUAAAUAAUAUGCCAGUUUAGGCGCAUAGUUUUAUAGCCCCUAGCAGAGCAGAUUUUAUUAAAUUACCUCUAUUUUACAUUGGUAAAGUAUCAAAAUUGUGACAUUUUCAAUAAUAACAAUUAUUACGCGUGUGUA